AUGGUAAAGACCAAUGGACCCUUCAAAAAAGAUGCCAAAAAGAUGACCAAGAAGACUGUUAAGACAAAAAGCUCUGGUCCUGCCUCCAAUGAUACCUAUUCAGAAAUAGAACACUUCUUUCCCUUCAAUCUUUUAGAUAUUGAGAGUUUUGACCUGCCUGAGGAGCAUCAGAUUGCUCCCCUCCGCCUUCCCUUCAGUGGAGUGUCUCUCGUGAUCCCUGACAAGGAGAGAGGACUUGAAAAACUGUUGCAGCCGGGCCCCCCUUCAUCUGUGAAGAUGCCGUCACCACCAUGGGCAUCUAAUCUGCUGCAGUCCCCUUCAAGCAUUCUGUCAACCUUGGAUGUGGAAUUGCCACCCUUUUGUUAUGACAUAGAUAUUUAA